CCCAAGCUGCCUGUACAGAGUUUGGAGGAAAACAGAAAUUGGAAGGAUUUUUUGGUUUCCGGUUUGUGGAUGUCCAGUGACACCUUCAGGUCACACAUUAUCUUAUCUUUUGGGUUGAUGCUCGUUUCGUCUUGCGGGGUGAUUGAGUGUAAGGGUAUCGUAUACUGUGCGGCAAGCAAUAGGACAGGAAGCUAAGUUUAGCUUGACAGUGGGUAGCAUUCAGUCAAGUGUUCCGACUUCUAGACAGAUAGUAUUGGAAUGAGCUCUGAGGCUGAUGCGACAGCUUCCGCAGCGGCGGCGGCUGCUGCUUCGUCCGAGUCUUCCUCUACCAACGAUAAUAUGGAGGGGAGAGCCAAACGCCCGGCCCCAGAAGACACCGAGGAGGAUACGGCAAAACGGCAAAAAGUCCCGUUGCCGCCUCAGCCGGCACCCGUGUUUCUAUUUGCCACCAGCACAGAUGUUCAGGCACGAAGAGGGGCCUCUCGAGAUGACUGGUGUCGAACACAAUGCUUGACCUUGCGAGAAAUGUUAGGCAUGGGCGACUACAGCGACGAUUCCAUGUCGAUGGGACCCAUUGACUUUAUCUUUAUUUCCAACUACAUUGUCAAUUUCGAGUUCUUGCUGGAUGAAGUACCCGAACUCUUGUCACUGCCACGAGCCUGUGUCGUCUACGGGGCCAAGGAGGGAUCCGAAAAUGCCUGGCGACAAGCAUCCACCAGUGCCGAUGGAUCCUGUAGUGUCGAUUUUGUCUGUCGCAAUCCGGCCGAUCCACCGGCCACGGCCACCAAUCCACUCGCCCACAAAAUACCCUACGGAGUGCACCACUCCAAGUUUUUCUUGGUGGGGUUUUCGUCGGGUCUGCUGCGAGUAGUCAUUCAUACCGCCAAUCUACGUCAUUCCGAUGUCAACAACAAGGCGCAGGGAGCCUACAUUCAAAACUUUGGUCGCAAAACGCCAAACAAUACCACAACCACAACAGACUUUGAAGAUAGCUUGGUACAAUACAUUCAAUCCUACAAAUACAACAAGAAAUUCCGAUGGGAUGAUUCCAACACCAAUGCUGCGGUAGUCACAAUUGCAGAACAACUACGAAAGUACGACUUUUCGACAGCACUGGCCGUUCUUGUUCCUUCCAUUCCGGGAUAUCACAAAAUCAACAACAAUCAGAAUCUUUUGGGACACCUGAAGGUGCGACAGCAACUGGCACGGAUACGACAAGAGAAACAAAAAGGAGAAAAGCAACAGCCGAUAGGACCGAUUGUGUGUCAAUUCUCGUCCAUGGGAUCGCUGACGAACAAAUAUCUGCAUCGAUUGGCGUAUUCCAUGAAUGUGGCCAGGGCCAAAGGCGUUGACGAUGGGAAUACUUCCGAAGAUGACGAACAAAAACCCAUCAAUCUGCAACUCGUCUAUCCCACAUCGGACGAAAUCUGCAACUCGUUGGAAGGCUACCGAGGUGGAAACUCGGUGCCAGGGACACUCAAGAAUGUCUCCAAAGACUUUUUGAGACCCUUUUACCGCAAAUGGUCCGCCUCCAAGUCCUUCUUGUCGUCUCUAGCCCUGACGCGAGCGGACAGCGAGGCACCGACCAAUCCACUCUGGAAGGGCAACAACGUCCCUCAUAUCAAAACGUACUUUCAGUUGAGCAGCAACAACGAUGAUACCGACGGUGGUGCCAUGGAAUGGUUCGUCUUGACAUCCCACAAUCUUUCCAAGGCCGCUUGGGGGGACGUGCAAAACUCGACCAAACACAAGGAAAAACGACUCUUUAUUCGACAUUGGGAACUGGGUGUCCUUCUUUCACCGGAUCAACUGGGAGCCCAACGGUUGGUCCCCUGGAGUCCAGCGGCGGAAAAACAAAAAGACGUCGUGACGGUUCCGCUCCCGUACCGUCACAAGCCGCUUCCGUAUGCCGAUGCCGACAAACCCUGGGCGGUCGAUCAACGCUAUGUGCGUCUGGAUAUUUUUGGGCGGCGUGCUGCUUCCGAUGCCUAGCUAACUACAAUAGCUAUUGAAUGUGGACAAUGGCAAAUACGACUGUGCGUGUUGUCGUUACCUACAUUCAAAUAGCUGGCUCGUGAGAUUGACAAUUCUUCCCGUGCCAGGACUACAGUACAGUAUUGGUCCCUACGGUACCAUACGGCACUUCACCUCCCGUACCGGUAUGUAGUUAUUACGAUACAAGUUAAUUAAAAAGUGAUUCCAGCUGAUAGCGGUUUAAUUCGCACUUGAAGCUGGACUUGCAUGCAGCAUAUUUGUUUAACAGAUCUUGAAGCACGAAUGUAAGAUGGGACU